CAAGCGGCGAGGACGUCACAAUCCCGGCGGCGGCACAAGACGUCACCCCAGUUUUGACGUUUCCCUGCCCGCGCGGCCCCACCAAACCCCGGCUUCGCCUCGAGCGGGGAGAGCCCGUCGGGCCGAGGCAGACAGCGCAUGCGCUCCGCCCAUGGGCCAAGGGGAGUCGGGGGAGGCGCCCGACGCGUGGAUCCACCUCCUGGCCUUCAUGCAGAGCAGAGGGCGGUGCCGCAGCCGCUCGGAAGAGCCAUGGAGAGGGCCCCUCCUCCCUAGCAGCCCCAGCUCGGAAGGAAGUGACAGCAACCGCGGCGAGGAGAUUUGGUGGCGCGCGCAGCGGCGCGCGAAGAUCCCGGCCUUGCGCACGCGCCGGCCGGCCCGCCCUCUCCCUGCGCAGGCGCAAGGAGCGUCUUUAGAGCGCACGCGCGAAGGGGGGACCGGGGGACCUCCAUCACUGGCCGCCAUGGAGCGGAAAGUUCUAGCUUUGCAAGCCCGGAAGAAGAGGACCAAAGCCAAGAAAGAAAAGGCCCAAAGAAAGCCUGAAACUCAACAUCGAGGACCUGCUACCAUUACAGAGAAUGAUCAACCUGAACAAGAAGAGGAAAUCCGUGGAUCAGAUGAUGAUGAACAGGAAGAUCCGAAUGAUUAUUGUAAAGGGGGCUAUCAUCUCGUAAAAAUAGGAGACUUGUUUAAUGGAAGGUACCACGUGAUCCGGAAGCUGGGAUGGGGACACUUUUCUACAGUGUGGCUAUCCUGGGACAUCCAGGCUAAAAGGUUUGUUGCAAUGAAAGUUGUAAAAAGUGCUGAAAACUACACAGAAACAGCACUGGAUGAAAUCAAGCUGCUGAAGUCUGUCCGAAACACAGACCCUGAUGACCCAAACAGAGAGAGGGUGGUUCAGCUAUUAGAUGAUUUCAAAAUCUCAGGAGUAAAUGGAUCCCAUAUUUGUAUGGUUUUUGAAGUUAUAGGACACCAUCUUCUGAAAUGGAUCAUCAAAUCGAAUUAUCAGGGGCUUCCUCUUCUUUGUGUAAAAAGGAUAAUCCAGCAAGUUUUGCAAGGCCUGGAUUAUUUACAUGCUAAAUGUCGAAUUAUCCAUACUGAUAUUAAACCAGAAAACAUUUUGCUGUGUGUUAAUGACCAAUACAUCCGCAGAUUGGCUGCCGAAGCAACAGAGUGGCAGAGAUCUGGAGCACCCCCUCCUUCAGGCUCUGCAGUGAGUACUGCACCACAGCCCAAACCAGCUGAUAAAAUGUCUAAAAAUAAGAAAAAGAAAUUGAAAAAGAAACAGAAACGACAAGCAGAGCUGCUGGAGAAAAGAAUACAAGAAAUUGAGGAAAUGGAGAAGGAAGCAAGCCCUCUGGAAGCUCAGCCUGAAGCCCAGCAAGAGGUUCCAAGGCCACUUGAGCUGCUUUUGAAAGAGACCCCCCCAGAUGAAGAUGUACCAGGAAAGACAGAUAUUUCUCUUGUAUCUGAGCAAACAAUCUUAAUGGAAGGGGUUGAAAAAUGCGUAACCGAAAUCAAUUGCAAUGGAAUGGUACAAAUGGCUGCCUUCUCAGAUUCCAUUAAUCAAGUGUCCGUGAGUCUCGAGGAAGAUGUUCACAAUGCCAAUGACUGUAGCGGCCCCCCUCAGGAGCAAGAAGAGGAUGAGACCUCUGCUUACAACCAAAGUAAUGGUGGCACAGAGGACAGAAUAGAAGAACCUGGAUCUGAGUCCUGUGCACCCUUAAUUUCAGAGGUGCUGGAUGCCAUGGUAUGCCAGGCGACCUCAAGUGACGAACAGUAUCUCAGUGAGCAGCAGAUCAGCCAUUUACAAGAGAGCAUCAGGGCAGAAAUACCUUCCGAGGAUGAGAAUGAAAAUAAUGGAUCUUCUGAGAAUAAUAAAGGAAAAUCUGCUGCUGGAAAUUUCCUCCUUAAUCCUCUUGAGCCUGGGAAUGCAGAUAAGCUUAAAGUGAAGAUAGCUGAUCUAGGAAACGCCUGCUGGGUGCAUAAACAUUUCACUGAGGACAUUCAGACAAGGCAAUAUCGGUCCUUGGAAGUACUGAUUGGAGCCGGGUACAGUACCCCAGCCGAUAUUUGGAGCACAGCUUGCAUGGCCUUUGAAUUGGCUACAGGUGACUAUCUAUUUGAGCCUCACUCUGGUGAAGACUACUCACGGGAUGAAGACCAUAUUGCAUUAAUCAUAGAACUUCUGGGAAAAAUACCUCGCAAGCUCAUUGUGGCUGGAAAAUACUCCAAGGAGUUUUUCACCAAAAAAGGUGAUCUGAAGCACAUCACCAAACUGAAGCCAUGGGGCCUUUUUGAAGUUUUGGUGGAGAAAUAUGAGUGGUCCCAAGAGGACGCAGCUGCAUUCACAGACUUCUUAUUGCCUAUGCUGGAGCUGAAUCCUGAGAAGAGAGCUACAGCGUCUCAGUGUCUCAGGCAUCCCUGGCUGAACUCCUAGAUGCUUCAAGCCUGGCACCCUGGCCCUCUACUUGGGUUUACAGCAUAAUAUAUAUACAGACCUAGAUGUCCCAGUUGCCCUUCCCCUCUUCUCCCGAGUCAAUUUUUUCCUUGUUGAUUUUCAGAGUGAAGCUUCUCCUUGGGGCUUUUAAGAUUUUAGAUAAAUCUAACUGUUCAUGUGAGUUUGUGUACUUGACUCAGUAGGGACUGUUGUCAGCCAGUGGGCAUCCAGUAUGUUUUGCUGUGAUUGGAGUUUGCCAAAGAGUUUGUAUGGGAAUGUGAAAUUAAGCCCCUCCCUUAUCCUGACUCUUUUCCUUACUCAAGUACCUUACCCUUUAAAGUGUGGGGAAUCUUCAUCGGGAUACACUCCCUUUAAGUAUAUUGCAGUCAUCCCAAGGGGGAUGUGAAGAGCUGUGAAUCCCUCUUUAGCUCGCUGACUCCGGGAGUCAUUUUCUUAGUGCACAUCCAGUUGCUGAUAGUAAGAGGAGAAAUGGCAGAUGGCACCAAGGUGGUAGCUCCAUGUGGAGCACUGAACUCUACUCAACUCAUUCCUUAGGUGUCUGUUCAGCUGCUUGUGUCAUUUUUUGUCUUAUUCUUUUCAAACAUAUUUUUAUCUAGUUCUAGCCAUUGAACCUUUUGAAAAAGUCUGUAUGAGAUAUGCACGUACCUAUAUGUAUUUAAGCAUUAUUUUUUGUUCCCUCUUUAUUAAGAUUCACCGAGCCCAGUGAAAUAAGCAGCUCUUCAAAUCUCAAGCAUCUUGUGCUUGAGAAAACUUCACAAGGGAAAUAAAAGCAAUGGGAAGUCCUAAAAUGAACAGUCUCUACAGUAGAGGUGAGGAAUGUUCACUCCUCCAGGUGUGGAGUACUGCAACUCCCAUAAAUCUGAUCUCAUCAUUAACUAUGCUGACUGGAGCUGAUGGGAGUUGCAGUCCUACUCAACGAUAUGGAUCUAUGCAUUUGUUGGCUGCAGGAGGGCAACCAGGUUGCCUCGUUUCUGUGCCAAACCUGUCCAGUGGGCAGUUCCUAGACAAAGAGGAGAUCUGCCAACUCUGUAUUGUGGCCUAGUAGCUGCAUGAACAUUGUUUCUGCAGUUCAAAGAGUGGCAAAAACAAGGGUAAUACCAAGCAUGUGGCUGGCCGCUUUGUCAUGUGGGCUAGUCUUGUGCCAUCAAUGCUAUCAUCUGGGCCUUGUGUAGAAUUGUAUGUUUAGUAGAGAACAGUUUUCAGGAGAAAAAUAGGAUAUAUUCUUACUCAAGAAAAUAUGGUAUUAAUCUCUUAGGUUGUCUUUCAAGCCAUACUUUGUGCCCAUAUUGUGAUCCCUACUGCAUUUCCAGAACUUAAAGAACUUAAUGGUAUCUAGCUGGUUAAUGGGUCUAUAGUGCUGGACUCUAGAAAUUAUCUUUCUGAAAAGAGUUGUUUUUUAUGUAUGAACAUAUGAGAAACAAUCUAUUCUAAAGGAAGUGUAAUAGGAUUUUUUCCCAUCCAGAGAUAAGGUAUUGCUCUCUGUGUUGUCAAAGGCUUUCAUGGCCGAGAUCACAGGGUUGUUGUAUGUUUUCCGGGCUGUAUGACCAUGUUCCAGAAAUACUCUCUCCUGAGGUUUUGCCCACAUCUAUGGCAGGCAUCCUCAGAGGAUGCCUGUUAUAGAUGUGGGCGAAACGUCAGGAGAGAAUACUUCUGGAACAUGGCCAUACAGCCCAGAAAACAUACAACAACCCUGUAUUGCUCUCUGUUUGUCAAAACUGUUGCAAAAUUGGGAGAUCAACAGCAACAUUUUUUAAACUCCUUGAAGAGGUGAAGUAACUGACUGGCCCAUCUAGACUUUCUUAUUUUAUUAGAAAAAGUUUUGUGGUGAGUAUUGCCUGGCAUCAACAGGUUGUCUAAAAAAUUCCCUCCAGCCUGCUCUAAUGUUACAUUUGAGGAAGUUAGGAAGUUCAACAGCUCUUCCUGACUAUGGACCAAAAAGACUUUUAAUGUUAAAAAUUAUCCAGGGCUGGAAACCCUUGGAAUAUUCAGAUUUUCAGGUACUGUAUAGUACUAUUCAAUGCAAAAACUGCCAGCAGUAGAGUACCUUUUCUCAGUUAUUUUUCUGUGUGGAAAAUCCCAGUUUAUAGGAAGCCCCUCUCCUGUCUUUUGCACACAGAAAUGUGGUGCAAUUUUAUUUUUGUUUGUUUCUUUAAAUUAAAGUCUUAAGUGCUGUAUUCCCUUCACAGUCUAAUUUGGCCAUGCUAUCAUAUGAUGCCUGACUGGGGGUUUAGUGGGAUCAGUGUUGCAUGCGCAUUUAGAUGGUAUUAAGUAACACUCUCGGUGCAUAACCGUAAAACGAAAAGGAAAAUGUUAGCAACUUCUUAAUGCUAUUUCUGUUACUUGGAGUAUCUCCUUUACCUCCCAAAAGCACUUCCAUACCUGUCUAAAAAUUUUUUUGAUGGGACUAGAAUGUAUAAUAGUACUUUCUCUUAAAUAACUGUGAAAACUUGUCGGCAGGGAGACCUGAAUUUCCAAUGUCAACACAUCCAUCCUGGCUACCUGAACGGUGCAAAAAUGCAGUGUUUCAAUCUAAUACAGAUUCUGCUCCAUAGAAUAUGAGCUGUUUCCAUGUCUUUUGUACUAAAAGAGACAUGCCGGCAUAAUACAAAUGGCACCUUGACAGGAUUGCCUCUGUAUUUUGUGGCUUUCACCAGGUUCACUCAACUUCCAAAUUGCCAUAAAGUGUUCACUAACAAAUUUGUACUUGUUUUAUUUACCUAAAACCUGAAGGAAAAACAAAUACAUUUUUAUUCUUUCUAUUGGGCGCAUUGUCUUUUUUUCCUUUGUAAAUGCAGCACAAUAAAGAGGUUAUUAAAUAAUCUA